AUGGAGGUGCUCCGUACAUUCUGGCCAAGGCAGCCGCCUGAAGAAAGCGAUGCGGACAUUAACAGUCUAAAUGGCGCAAACUGUGGAAGCGGAAAAGCCCAAGAAGCCAAGGUGUUGCAGCAGCACGCCGAUGAGAUCCAGGAGAUACGAGGGCGGCCUAUGUAUUUGGAAUUUGGAGUCUUCGAGGGCACCAGCAUCAACUUCAUUGCUCGCCAGCUGCGCAGCCUGGAUCCAGGCUCGCUGGUCUUCGGCUUCGACUCCUUCCGUGGCCUGCCAGAGGCUUGGCGAAACAAUUCGGAUGUCCCCGGUGGCUUGACGUUUGGCCAAAGCAGUUUUGCUUUGGAGAAGGAGCCGGAAGUUGAAAGCAACGUGAGGCUGGUUCGAGCAGCCGGCAUGGUUUUGGCGUCAUAG